CUGACACUCCUGUCUACAAGCGUCGAAUCUUCAUUCGCUUGUGCGACAAUCACAGGACUGGUCACGCUAGGUGCAUCUAGUCAUAUAAAUUGACAAAGAGAAUUCGUUUUGUGCGUAUAUUUUAUAAACAGAUAAAAUGAGCGGCCGUCUGCUGUUGGCGUUUAUAUUGUUCAGCGUGAUCGGGAUCGCAGAAAUGAAGUCGAAAAAGAAAAUAGAUUAUGCGACGGAGGAAGAAUUAACUUUGCAAAAAAAGGAAACAACGCCUGUUGAUUUCACGAGGCUGCUGGUGAUGAGGGUUUUUUACGGACUGGCGAGGAUAAUGGGCUUAGAAGAACAGGUUGCUGAAGUGCUGAACGGAGCUUUGGUGCCUCCUGGUGCUGAUGAUGAUGAUGAUUUCGACGACAAUGAUUCAGUUUUUGCUGAUUACUAGCGGUACACGCCCUUAACGCUUCUAGUGUUAAUAGUAAUGAACUGAUUUUUAUUAUUUAUAACAUAAAAUAUACCAAAUAAUGGUUGCAUUUAUUAAAGAACCAAUAACUUGUAUUAUUUAUUUAAAGCAUCAAAGUGCAUAGAAAUAGUGAGAAAGGGGGCUUGAGAACUUUUUAAAUAUAACAGUGUAUUUAAUAUGUGUAACUUAUGUGUAUUUAAUAAUUAAUGUACCUGGUAGAUUUGUAGUAUUUAUUUUAAUCUAAGAACACUUUGUAAAUAAAAUAAUUAACACCUUCUUUUGUUUUUAUAAUAUAUAACCGGACCGGUACAACAGCGAAAAAUCAAAUUAAGAUCAAAGUAAACUCCUUAAGAUCAGGUAAGGCCUUUUUCAUAGUGAGACAUAAAAAAGCGAAAUUGUAAUAUGACACCAGCGGUGAUUAAGUAUAUAUAUAUUGUUAAUAAUAUUUAAGAAUGAUUAAUUGUUUUGCUAUUUUUAUUGUCCACAAUAUUUAUAUUCAGAUAUCUAAUUGAAAUUUCGUGAUUUGUUCAACAUAAAAUGUUUAUAUAGAUAAUAAAAUGUCCAUUAAAAUUUACGUGAUGUAUAAAAACAAUGUAACAUAAAAAAAAAUCUAAACGAGUGCAAAAUGUGCGAAGAAAUCUAUAAAAAUUGGUCACGUUAUCUUAAUAUCAUGCAUCCACGAUAUCCAGCCAAUGUUAUUAUAGCUAUAUUUUUUUAUAUAAUUGACAGCAUAAUUACCGUUACUAACCGAUCGUUCUCUCAGUGAAAGUAAUGCUAUUGAAGCGAAACGUGACUUCAUCUUAAUAAAUAUACGUUACGAAAAAAUAUGUCGCUGGUUUAAUAUGUUGUGGAUAAAGAACAAGGCGAAAAAAAUUUGUGUAAAUUUUUUUUAUUAUUAUUUAUAGAUUAUUAAAAUAAGUUUUUAGAAUAAUUAAAUUUUUACCAAGUA